AUGAGACAUAAUUAUAAAAAACUGGUAGAAUCAGCAAAAAUAAUGUGUCUAAAAUGGGGAAUACAAUUUCAGAAUGAAAAUAAACGAAAAAUGUAUUCUAAAAAACUAUUUGGUGAAGUUGAUGAUGACAGGAGAUUGGAUAUUACAGAGGAAAAAUUUUAUGUUUCAGUAUUUUUACCAUUAGUUGAUACUGCUUUAUUUCAACUCGAAGAUCGUUUUAAAGGACUUAAAGUAGUAUCAAAUACUUUUAAUUUUUUAUUGCCACCAAAUAUAAUAAAAUUAAAUGAAGCAGAAAUAGUAAAAUCAUGCUAUGAUUUUAUUCAGUUUUACAAAACUGACGUAACUUCCGAUUUAACUAGUCAAGUUCUAUCUUUAAAGGAAUUUAUAAAAAACACUGAUAUGAAAACAAUUAAAGAAUUAUGUUUAUAUUUAAUAGAAAACAACCUAUCAUCUUUGUAUAGUGAAGUUGUUACAUCUUGUAUUAUAUUUUUAAGUUUACCAGUGACUGUAGCAUCGGCCGAACGGUCAUUUUCUAAACUUAAACUGAUUAAAAACUAUUUAAGAAACUCGAUAUCUCAAGACCAACUAACAAACAUAAGUAUAUUAAAUAUAGAAAGAGCUCGCACUGAAGAACUUGAUGUAGAAAAAUUAAUUAUUGACUUUGCCAAUCAAAAAAGCAGAAAAAAAAAUUUUUUAAAGUAA